UUUUUUAAUCCAGAGUCUUGCCCCAAACAGCCUUGCCUGCAGCAACUCAAGGGUUAAUGGAAGCCGCCAAAGCGGCCUCGCGUUGGGCUCUGGGGUUGGCCGUAGCGGCGGACGUGACGUAAAAACCAUAGAGCGAAGUCAGGAGGGACCAAAGAACGCGAGGGCGACGGGUGCCCCGCUGGGCCAAGCUACCCUCGUCCGCCUUGUUUUUCUGGGUGCGGGGCUUAAAAGGGGGGCAGCAAUGCCACGCUAUGCCCAGCUAGUUAUGGGGCCCGCGGGGAGUGGAAAGAGCACGUACUGCGCCACGAUGCUCCAGCACUGCGAAGUCCUGAACCGCUCGGUCCAGGUGGUGAACCUCGAUCCAGCCGCAGAGCACUUCGACUACGACGUCAUGGCAGAUAUCCGGGAGUUAAUUGAAGUGGACGACGUCAUGGAAGACGAUUCUCUCAGGUUUGGCCCCAAUGGUGGCUUGAUUUUCUGCAUGGAAUACUUCACAAAAUUUGACUGGCUGGAAGAAUGUCUUGGCCAUGUGGAAGAUGAUUAUAUUCUUUUCGAUUGCCCAGGUCAGAUAGAACUCUACACCCAUUUGCCAGUGAUGAAACAAUUCGUAGAACAGUUGCAGCAGUGGGAAUUCCGCGUCUGUGGAGUCUUUCUCGUUGACUCUCAAUUCAUGGUGGAAUCUUUUAAGUUCAUCUCUGGCGCCAUGGCGGCUCUCAGCGCUAUGAUAUCCUUGGAGAUUCCCCAGGUCAACAUCAUGACGAAGAUGGACUUGCUGAGCAAAAAAGCAAAGGCAGAAAUUGAAAAGUAUCUGGAUCCUGACAUGUAUUCUGCAAUGGAAGAUUCUACAGAUUUACUCAAAACCAAACAGUUUAAGAAACUGACGAAAGCCAUCUGUGGUUUGAUUGAUGACUACAGCAUGGUUCGCUUCCUGCCUUUUGACCGCUCAGACGAGGAGAGCAUCAACAUUGUACUGCAGCACAUAGAUUUCGCCAUUCAGUACGGAGAGGAUCUGGAAUUUAAAGAGCCAAAGGAAACGGAGGAAGACAAAUCUUCAGCUUUUGAUGAAUAUUUCCAAGAUCGAGUAGAUGAAUGAAUGAAGACAUGGGAGUCUGUUUUGUCAAAAUGAAACAAAAAUGCUUAGGUUUUUCUAGGCAGUGUAUAUUAAAACGCACCAUCUGAUGGAUGUAUCUGCUGGAAAUUGAACUAUGGACUUUUCCCCCCUCCACAAAGAAUUAAUGUAUAUAAUUGGUCGAUUCCACAGAGAAGUAAAUUAUUGAAUUACAUCUUUAUUGUGCCAUCAAGGAAAACAUAUUUCUUUGAAAGUGUUAUUUGUGUGUGUCUGCUCAUUUCAACAGCUGGAAUUAAUAAAUACAGAGUGUUUAUUUAAA